GUAUCGACCGCAUCGUCAAAACUGUUUACCUUUGCGUAACACCAGAUCCGCAUACAUGCGCCGGCAUUGUUACGGUGUUACCGGCGUCGGCAGUUUUCCCGCGUAUAACUAGGUCGAACCGGACGCCGUCGACACUCGCCGGAUAUCGACACUCGUAAUGCCAGCAAACAAAAUAUUGCUCAAACUUGAACUUGAAUGUUACAUGUACACGAUGCUGGCGCAUUUCACAAUUUAUUUCUUGGGACUAUCAACUAUGUUGCUCUUAUGUCUGCCAUUUUCUCAUUCACAGGAUGAUUAUCCGGACCCGGAAUUCCCCGAUCUCUACUCCCCGGCCGUCCGCUUCACCGUCAUCCCCGAGAAUUUCACCGGCCGUAUCGGCUGCGACAGCGGCCGCUGUGUUUUAGAGAUCUACGACGCCCACUUCCGGGAGCUGUGCAACGACACCUUCGAGCACUGCCUGGGCAUGUGCCUGCAGUCCUCCGACGCCACCGCCCCUGUCCGGCAGUCCUGUGCGGCGCAAUCGCGCAGCCAGUGCCAGAUCGCUGUCAGCAGCGCCUGGUUCGGGAAUCCCUGUCCGGGCCGGCUAAAACACCUGGUGGUGUCGUAUUCCUGUAGUUGCGCGAUGCCGGUGAAUAGCGGAAGUGGUCCCGUGGAGAACGGCCAAGGUGCCGGUUUCUCCGUGGCGGCCAUGGCGUCGCCGCUCGGCCCGACGGAGUUGAAGCCGCGCGGCAAAGACUGUGAUCGCCGGAUCUUCCGCACGCUGUGCACGUGACCUUUGUCGGAUUCGCUGUUUGGACAUUUUUUACGUUUUCUUAGACUUUCUAAUGUUUUCUUUGAUUUUCUCAAGUUUUCGUAGGUUUUUUUGUGUUUUCUUAUGUUUUGUUUCUUAGA